GAAUCUUGAAAAACAAAGCGAGAAGAGAAGGCCCUYGGAAAGAGGUUGGACAGGAAAUGACGUCAAGCGAAACCUUGUUAUUUGGGUUUCCUGUGGUAGUCGCUUGAAUGCUUCCAGGGUUCAAGGUUCACUUCGUAUUCUUGUCGUUAAAUGACCAGACCAGAAAAUUUUUGCGAAUAAAACGAGAAUGAAUAUACUAACAGAGGAACGAACAAAGGAURUUUGGCGGCAUAAUGAUGCAGUAUGUUUUGAUGUAGACAGUACUGUCGUUACUGGGGAAGGUAUUGAUGAAUUUGCACGGUUUUGUGGUCGUGGUGAAGAAGUUGCUGAAUGGACAAGAAGAGCUAUGGAUGGGGGUAUAUCAUUCCAAGAAGCACUUGAUGCCAGACUGAACAUAAUCAAGCCUUCUUCACAACAGGUUGAAGAUUUCAUUUCGAGCAAUUCUCUCCACUUAACAGAACAUAUAAGGGAGCUAAUUUCAACAUUAACGAGUAAAGGCUCAGCAGUUUACUUAGUGUCUGGAGGUUUCAAGGAGUUUAUUGAACCUCUAGCUAAACUUGUUGGGAUUCCAAAAGAAAACAUAUUUGCAAACCGAUUGAUUUUUGAUGACCAAGGAAAUUAUUCUGGAUUUGAUACCAAUCAACCCACCUCAGACUCUGGAGGGAAAGCUACAGUUGUUGGAAUGCUUAAAAAAAGAUACAAUUACAAAAGUCUUGUGAUGGUUGGUGACGGUGCAACAGACAUUGAAGCUUGUCCACCUGCGGAUGCUUUUAUAGGUUUUGGUGGAAAUGUUGUUCGUGAGAAUGUCAAGAAAAAUGCCAGUUGGUAUGUUUCAGAUUUUGAAACACUUCUUAAYGAACUGAAAAAAGGUUAAUUCCAGAAAGAAAUGAAAAAAAUUAUAAAGAAUAUAACAUUGAGGGUGGAACGUAGAUUCGCUGAUUGUCAUCAUUACAACAACAACUACUAAUAGAUAUUUUAAUAUAUUAAAUCUGGAACACAGAUUUUUUCCAAGUUCCAUUCCUUUUUACUUCUCGUCAUUUCAUUCUUUCAUUUUUGAUAUGAUUAUAAAUAUAUAGGGAUCUAUAUUUCUGAUUUUAGAUGUUCUCAUUAUUUAUAUAUGUGAAGAGAACAGUUUUGUGUAUGAGAAUAUA